AUGGAUCGAUUGGCGAAUCAAGGUCAGAGCGAGGGCGCUGGCGCGGGAGAUCUUGCGAAGAACAUGCAAGAUGCACCGGCAUCAGCAUCAGCAUCACCAUUGCCUACAAGCAAUCCCAACGAUGGUUCACCAGGAAAAUCAGGUGGCGGAGGCUUAAGCGACUCUAACCCUGGUAACUCUGGCGACUCUGACUCUGGGGAAGACGCCGUUCAGUUCGAUACGCAGCUUUUCAAUUUCAGCCCAGUAUUCAUAGCUGACGCUGAGCUUCAGAAGAAGGAUUUCACAUUUGAAGCCAGUAACAAGACUACCCUCGAAAAGGUGACAUGGCAGGUUGUCCACAAUAGCAAAGUUGACACGCUGGGUUCUUACAAUUUCAAAUCUGCAAAGAGAGAUUUCAAUCAAUUCAUCGAAGUUACAAAUACUACGGUAUCGCUCAACUUCACGGGUGAAACCGAACAGUUCUAUGGCGAUAACAUGCAUAUUGAGAUCAAUUGGACGAAAGAUGGACUAGAGGGUGCAACCAAAUCAAGACUCUUCACUAUCACCAAUAACGAGACUGAAAAACUUGAACUAGAGUCAAAGCUCCAAAAGGACCAGAAACAACAAGGACCCGCGGAAACAACCUUUUCACCAGACUCAUCGUCAACCUCGGGAAGCAUUGCACCCACCGGAACCACGGAGGCUUCCGACAGCAGCAGCGGCGGCGGCGGCGGACUUUCGACUGGCGCAACUGCUGGUAUUGCGGUUGGUGCUGUUAUCGGUGGUCUUCUUCUCAUCGGUGCACUAGUAUGGUUCCUCCUUCGCCGUCGCCGUAACAAGCACCCCAGCGAAGACUACACCAUACAGCAAACCUAUGCGGUGGACAAGGAAAUCAAUGGCCGUACCAGUGACUCGCCCAACUCACCUUACUCAGAUGAGAAUCACAUGCAGCCUAUCGCCCUUGGAAACGUUGACCGUGAUCGAGGUGUCGCUCCCACCCCCCCACCAGGCCGUUCAUCCGUUGCUUCACACGAUCGUGGAGCCAACAGUGGUGCUCAGACGCCUCAAGGCAUGUCUUCCAAUGUCGCUCACCUUGUUGAAGAUGGAAUGACGGCCGAUGAGAUCCGAAGACUGGAAGAGGAGGAGCGACAGCUGGACGACGAGAUUGAGCGUGCGGCGAGACGAUAGUGCAGCCUCGCAAGGUCAGAAGCUAUCCCUCGGUCGAAACAACUGAGGGAUGCUUUAGUUUCAUGCGUCAAGGGGUUCGGAGUUUUUGGGUUAUGACAUGUCUAGUCCUCAUGGCCGCAUUGGGCUAGCCACUCACUAAUGUUAUGUAGACUGUAUCAUUCGCCUACGAUGGAGUGAACAGGUAGUAGGUGGCUGGUCGAUCGUAUCUAUCGCGAAAAUACCAGAGCCUUUUGUAUUUAAAGGGGGCCGAAGAAGGAACCAAAAUCUACGAUAAUUUGCUUGCACUUCUUAAA